AAAUAAGUUUUGCUCACAAAGAUAUUGUAUCAUCUUGGGGCAACGAUGCAUUUGUAGUACAUUAGUUAUUUUGACACUAAAGUAAAAUAUUGGCAGUUAAGUCCGUAGAAUACUAUUUGAAAAAUUUUUAGCCCUGCCUCGAGUUUACCCUCGGCUUGACAUGUAUUAAGGUGGAGCUUGAGUUCUUUCAAAUAUUCCCGCCAUUGUAUAAAACAAGUGAAAUUACCGUUUACAUUUAACCUUUUAAAGGUAGGUAAUAAUGUAUCUAUAUUAUUGCUUUAUAUGUAUUUAAGGAUCUUUAUUUUGAAAAUGGCUUUAAUUAUUAAAAUAUUACAUUAUUUAUCAAUACUUAUUGCAGGAGGAUUCAUAAUUUAAUGUUGGCGGCCCUGAACUGCAUAGUUGUAUGCUAAAUGGCAGUCUACAGUGCAGUGAAGUUGUGAUUUAAAAUUUUAUUUCUUUCCCAAGAUUUUUACAACAGUAUUUUUAUAAUUCGUGAAGAUUUUAAAGUAAAAUGUUGCACAUUUCCUUUCAACAUUACUCAGACCUUCUUCAAAAUUGGGAUCACAAGGUGUAACCUUCUGCAUGCCUACUCAUGGUACAGACAAUAGCAGUUGAUUUGAAAAAAAGUCAUAUUAUUGGUGAUCUGCAGUCUCCCAAAAUGAAUUUCACAAUAGAAAUGGCAUUGAACGACCAAGGAAGGAAGGGAAAUGGUCUGCUAUCAAUUCUUCGUAAGCUGAAAUCUCAGCCAGACAAAGAACUGCGGCUGUUGUUGCUAGGUCUGGAUAAUGCUGGGAAAACUACACUGUUGAAGAAACUAGCUUCAGAAGAUAUCACCCAUAUCACACCAACACAAGGUUUUAAUAUAAAAUCUGUACAGUCUGAAGGCUUUAAGUUAAAUGUGUGGGACAUUGGUGGCCAAAGAAAAAUACGACCAUAUUGGAGGAAUUAUUUCGAAAAUACAGAUGUCCUUAUAUAUGUGAUUGACAGUGCUGAUCGUAAGCGUCUAGAAGAAACAGGUCAUGAACUAGAAGAGUUGUUGAUGGAGGACAAGUUAGCUAACGUCCCACUGUUAGUUUAUGCAAACAAACAAGACCUAUUGCAUGCAGCGCCGGCGUCAGAUAUUGCCGAGGGACUCGGACUCCAUACUAUUAAGGAUCGUCCAUGGCAGAUACAGGCAUGUUCUGCAACUGCAGGUGAAGGAGUUAAGGAUGGUAUGGAAUGGGUGUGUAAAAACAUUAAGAAGAAAUAGUCUUAUCUUCAAGAGGAGCAAAGUAUGUAUGUGUGGUAAAGGAUUAUUCUGUUCAUGGUAAUGAACAUCUAAGUAAAAUAUAAAGUAAUUUGCAUAUCAGAGUUUUAAGAAUCGGGUUGUUACAAAAUUAUUUUCUGGUAAUUUAUGUAUGUGGAUGCACCAAGUGCUGAAUUGUGAUUUGCACUGUAGAACUUUUUUUUUUCAUUUCAAAUUUUGCGAGCAGUCGAUUAGUAAUUCUUGAUCUCGGUGUCCACUUUAAGGACGUUGUCGUGCGUGCAAUUCGAGUUUUUAAUUUUUUCUGUGAACAUUUUUCUAGUCCGAUGCUAUUUUUCCCAUCUUUUAUCAGUAGCUACCUGAUAAAGUGAUCUCAUUUUUGGUGCUUAUUGCCAACGGUUGUUACGGUCUAGUCAUCCGUCCAUGACACGGCGAUGUCAGAUGUAUAUGUGUGUGAUUCGUUCCCAAUGAAGUAGUUUUUGGUGAAAUUUCACACCACAUUUCAGUAGGACUAAUAGAAUCUUGUUAAUUAGAAAGAAAGGCUGGAAUAUUCCUCAAAAAGAAACAUUUACAGGGAAGCAGUAGACCAAAGCUGUAUAUCUGCAUAGUUUAUAAUAGUGUUUGCCAUAAGUCGUGAGAAACGUCAAUCCGAGAUAUGAGUAUCUGCCGUGAGAAAAGUUUAAGCGGAUGUCUUUUUGAUACGCUGUAAAACCCCAACAUUGAAGGGUACGCUGUGAGAAAUAUGAUCAUAAAAUGGUAAAUAUACUUUUAAGGUAAGAUAGGCAUAGUAUCUUGAUUUCUAUGUAAUUUUCCUAAAAAAAACAGUACAACUUCUUACUGUAUGUUAUCGUAGACUUACGAAAACAUAAUCAAAUUUUAUUAAACAUUUGUAUUAAAAACUUUUGGAUUGUUCUCA